AUGAAGACAUCCGCAAGCAACAGACCUCUUUCGGAGACGGCCUCCAAACCCAAGGACAAGCAGCGGCAGCAGCAUCAGCAGCGAACGCAUACCUCGGAAUUUGUGCUUGAGGGCUUCAGGGUGUCGGUUGCAGAGAAGGUGGAAGUUGUGCCAGGCGAGCGACGGCCCCUUGUUGCAGGUGAGCACAUUCACAUUGAGCCGAUUGGGGACAGCAAGACCAACGAGAACAUCACGGAGGUCAUGGCCCGUGCCCACUUCCAGUACCUCGAUUCGGAGAUGAGUCGACGCGGGUGCAUCCUAUUGAUCAGAGCCAACUCCACUGGGAACCAGUCGCUGUCGGAGUUCACUUACGAAGACAUUAUGCAGAGACAGAUUGUGCUGGGGGUGAGUGGUGUCGUUCAUAAUAAGUUUAACUGA